GGCCCAUGUGCGGCUGCGGCGGCGGCCGCCCCCCCUCCCCACUACCGGCGGCGGCCCCUUCGCAGCGAGGUGCCGCUGAGGCGGCUCCGCGGGCGCUGAGCGAGCGCGGCGCCGGCGGCGCGGCGGCAGGAUGAAGUUCGCCGAGCACCUCGCCGCGCACAUCACCCCCGAGUGGCGGAAGCAGUACAUCCAGUACGAGGCUUUCAAAGAGAUGCUCUAUGCAGCUCAGGACCAGGCCCCUUCUAUAGAAGUCACAGAUGAGGACGCAGUGAAAAGGUAUUUUGCCAAGUUUGAAGAGAAGUUCUUCCAAACCUGUGAGAAAGAACUUGCCAAAAUCAACACUUUCUAUUCAGAAAAGCUUGCAGAAGCUCAGCGCAGGUUCGCUACUCUUCAGACUGAAUUACAAUCAACUUUGGAUGCACAAAAAGAAGCCAGUGGGAUUUCCACGCUGCGGCAGCGCAGAAAGCCGGUCUUCCACCUGUCCCAUGAAGAGCGUGUCCAGCAUAGGAAUAUCAAAGACCUGAAACUGGCCUUCAGCGAGUUCUACCUCAGCCUCAUCUUACUGCAGAACUAUCAGAACCUGAACUUCACUGGCUUCCGCAAGAUCUUGAAGAAGCAUGACAAGAUCCUGGAGACCUCACGAGGAGCAGACUGGCGGGUGGCCCAGGUGGAAGUGGCACCAUUCUACACUUGCAAGAAAAUCAAUCAGCUUAUCUCUGAAACAGAGGCAGUGGUGACCAACGAGUUAGAAGAUGGAGACAGGCAGAAGGCUAUGAAACGUUUGCGUGUUCCACCCUUGGGAGCUGCUCAGCCUGCACCAGCCUGGACUACGUUCAGGGUUGGAUUGUUCUGUGGAAUAUUCAUUGUACUGAACAUCACUGUCAUACUUUCAGGCGUGGUUUUUAUAGAUGGACCAAAUGUGUGGCCACUAGUGAGAAUCUAUCGAGGUGGCUUUCUCCUGAUAGAAUUCCUCUUUCUGCUGGGCAUCAACACGUAUGGCUGGAGACAGGCUGGAGUUAAUCAUGUCCUCAUCUUUGAACUCAACCCCCGCAGCAACUUGUCCCAUCAACAUCUCUUUGAGAUUGCUGGAUUCCUUGGGGUUUUGUGGUGCCUGAGCCUACUGGCAUGUAUAUAUGGUAAAUUCACCUACAUACCUAUGCAGGUGAAUCCACUCAUCCUGUAUGGCUUCAUGUUACUUUUUCUCAUCAACCCUACCAAAACCUUAUACUACAAGUCCCGUUUUUGGCUGCUCAAACUAUUGUUUCGGGUGUUCACGGCUCCCUUCCACAAGGUGGGCUUUGCAGACUUCUGGCUGGCUGAUCAGCUCAACAGCCUGGCUGUGAUCCUCAUGGAUCUGGAGUACAUGAUCUGUUUCUACAGCUUUGAGCUUCAGUGGGAGAACAAUGCUGGACUUCUGGCAAACACAGAUAAUCAGAUUUGUAACAGCUACUCCUACGGAGUGAGAGCAGUUGUCCAGUGCAUCCCUGCUUGGCUGCGAUUCAUCCAGUGCCUGCGUCGUUACCGCGAUACCAAACGGGCCUUUCCUCAUCUGGUUAAUGCUGGAAAAUAUUCCACUACCUUCUUCAUGGUGACGUUUGCAGCCCUUUACAGCACUCAUGAAGCUAAAAAACACAGUGAUACCCAAGUGUUCUUCUACCUGUGGAUUAUCUUCUAUUUCAUCAGCUCCUGCUAUACCCUUAUUUGGGAUCUGAAGAUGGAUUGGGGUCUCUUUGACAAAAAUGCUGGUGAAAAUACCUUUCUUCGAGAAGAGAUUGUCUACCCACAGAAAGCUUACUACUAUUGUGCCAUUGUAGAGGACGUGAUCCUGCGUUUUGCCUGGACAAUCCAGAUCUCCCUCACUUCCAUGCAAAUCUUUCCGUAUGCUGGGGACAUAAUUUCCACUGUCUUUGCCCCACUUGAGGUUUUCCGACGGUUUGUGUGGAACUUCUUCCGGUUGGAGAACGAGCACCUGAACAACUGUGGUGAGUUCCGUGCUGUGCGGGACAUCUCUGUCGCACCUCUCAACGCUGAUGAUCAGACACUCUUGGAGCAGAUGAUGGACCAGGAAGAUGGUGUCCGAAACCGCCAGAAGAACAAACAGUGGAAGCGCAGCCAAAGCGUGUCCUUGCGCAGACCUCGUCUUGCUUCUCAGUCCAAGGCUCGUGACACUAAGGUAUUGAUAGAGGACACAGACGAUGAAGCAAACACAUGAAACGGCCACAGUCUCUUAUUCUGCAUCCCUUAUUUUCUCGUUCUAUUCCCCUUUUCCCCAAGUAACCCAAUCUCUGGUACAGUUCCAGCUGAAAACAGGAGAAAACACUGAACAUGUUUUCCGAGCUCUUCCAGACCGGAUCCUAUGGACUCCAACAAGCUCACUGUGUUUUGUUUCUUUUCUUCUGGGUUAAUUUUGAUUUUCUAUUUUAAAAAAUAAAAUAUUUUACUUCGUUUUGCCAAUCAAGAGGACAGUUCAGGAAAGAAGGAUUGUUUACAGUCUCAACAAGGACAUACAAACCUAUCUGGAUGAAGAAGCAUCAUAGGGACUCCCUAAUGGGACAGCGCCGAGAGCAUGCUCGGUUUCUGCUUGGCCCGGUUUUGACUGGUUGAAACCGGACUUAGGUUUUUAAAUCUGAUUUUUUUGGUUUUGUUUUUUUCCUUCAUAUCCAGCGCUGAGGCACUGGCUGCACUUGCAGGGAAAGUGCACUUAGAGCAGUAUCUUCAUUCAUGAAGCUACUUUUUAAUUUGAUGUAACUUUUCUUAUAAUUUUUUGGAAAUAUGAUGUAUCUGUUGCAUAUAGUUUUCACAUUAUUUAUGAAACUUAACAACCAUAUGAGAGUGAUUUUGAGUCCUGUGCAAUGAAGGUUGUAACGGUAAAACAAAGCCGGGAAUGUAGACUUAGAUCUCUAAGGUUAUGGGGUUAUGCCCUGCAAAUACCCCCCCCUCGUGAGACAACUUGCACCCAUUUACCUUUUAUCUCUUACUUUCUUUUCAAUUUUAUUUUAAACCAAAGUUUCUCUUUCUAAUUUUUAGUUGCUGCUACUGCUUCAGAUGCCUGGGCAUAGCUCGUGUGCCAGUUCAUCCCCAACUUUCCAUGCAACUGUAUGAAAGUAGUGCAAAUUAUCCUAAAACCUUUUUAAAGGAGAGUUAGGUCUUACCAGUAGCACAAACAGCCAGGGUAGACUGAGGGUUGAGAAAUUCAUUGCCAGAUCAAAAGCUGCUUUUCAAAGCCUUAAUAUUCACUGAAUAAAUCGAGGGCACGAUCCAUCGCAUGCCAAGCAGGGCGCUUUUCUGGUAUUCUCCUGCAGCUUUGUACAGCAAAAACGAGGUGGGGCAAGGUGAGGACAAGAUCCUUCCUGUGGGCAGGGCGGGGAAUUGAGCAGGCUUUGGUUCAGGGGUGGUUGUGCUUUGGGGAGCUGCCAUGGAGCAAGGAAAGGACUGUGUUGUGCCCACCUGAUAGGGAAAUUGAAGUUGAAAUAAAAGGUCCCCUCGUGAUACCUGUUUUGCCCGACUUUGGCAAAAAGAUGCUGUCAGGUGUUGUCCCAGCACACUUUCCCAUGGUUUGGUUGCCUUUUAUGCCCUUUGCCCGGUCUUAACUCCCCGCUUCAGAAAGUGUGAUCCUACUGAGCAGACUCAGGUAAAGGGCAUCUGAAUUGCUGAGCAAGUUAUGUAGAACAGUGAUGAUAACUUGAUACUGGUCUCUUGUCCCUUAGAAAAAGAAGCGUGCGUGGGGCAGCUGCGCUGCGCUGCUGCGGGCUCUGCAUGCACGGAGUCCCGGCGCGCAUCGCCUGCCCCGCUCCUGCUCAGUGUAGUGUCAGUGGCUGAAGGAGGCUCCUCAGUUCCCUUGAGGCCUGUGUCCAGCCCGGAGCUGAACUGCACGGCCGGGACUGCUGAAGUUUGUCGUGUGGGCACAGUCCCCAGGACUGCAGCUCUCCUUCUUUAGUAACCACCUUUCCUCGUGUCCCAGCUCUUUGGCAGCUGUCGCCAGCCACAUGUAGCUACUGUUAGGACUGCAACUGAGAGUUGGAACUCUUAAAGUAGGAUCCUUGUGUUGAUGUCUGUCCAUGGAGUUGUCUAGUUUUGACAAAGGGAUGGUAGAAGUCCCUGCUUGGCUGCUGUUCGGUUGUUAUUUUUUCAUUAGCUAAUAGCAUGGUUUCUCAUGUGACUGGUGCAUUGCAUUUUCUCAGUUUGCCUGCUGUGCCUCUUGCCCGGAAGAACUGAAGAAGGAAACUUAGUUUUUAUUCGUUUAAUUUUUAAAAGAUUAAAAUAACUUAAGUGGUAGUGAACCAGUGCCCCUUGACAGAACAAGGGCAACAUUGCAAAAUUGCAGCUACCUACGCUUCUGUGACAUGCUCUAAACUUACCAAGAAACCCUGAUGGACCUGCCAGGAAAUGCCUCUGCUCCGUCGUUGAUCUGCUGGCUGUGAUUGUGUCAUGAUGGUGGAGUAGAUGAUGUGCGUGUCGUGUCGCCGCUCCCGUGCGGGUAGCUGCUGCAUCAGCCUCGGUCCGCUCUGGCGGGAGAGAGCCCGAUCAGCGGAGGUUGUCGGGGAGCUCGGCUCCUCAGCCUUUCGGUGCCCGGGAGUCUGGCUUCCCUUGUCUAACUCCCUGAGGAGUGUUGCUCGUAGUAAACAGAGGUUCCUGUUCAUAUGGAAGUGGAGUCUGGGAUGUAAAGCCCCUUAAAAUACUGCGUUGAUUUAUUUUUAUUUUUUUUUUCCCCUUGGCGUUGCAGCAGUUGUUGCUGUGUUCAAACCUUUGGUGGGUGCACAGAGAACGGGGCGCGCUCUGACGCGGAAGCCAACUAACUAAUAGGGUAUUUUCGGCAAACAAGAAUCGUUGCAGAACAGCGAAGCCAUACGUACCCGUGGGCGUUUUAAGAGGAGGGUAGCCACACCAAGGGGAGCAAUCCAAAAAACCCCAAACAACUGUUGUUGCUUAAGCAAGUGGUGCGUUAUAGAAAGAAACGGAGCUUACUAGUAAUUCUUCCUGUGAGGGGGAAUGAAAACAAAAUACUUUGCAGCUUGGUACAGAGAGCAGUUUUUUAAAGUGACACAAAACCGCUAGGAAUUCUCUGCCUUCCUGAGCUCGGCUGGGGAGAGGUGGCUGUGUUUGGGUGGCCUGCUUCUCACGUUAGUGAGAGAUAGUGCAGGAUCUUAUGGUUUGAUUCCCUAACCUGAAAGGAAGGAUCAAGUUGCAAAUAAUUAAAAUUUUUAUUCUGUAGUUUAUCAAAUCCUUAUGGAAAGCAAGAAUUCCAUAUGUCCAUCUGCUGCUUCAACCUCUCCUCUUCCCUGCUCUGCUCUUUCCCUUCCCUGUUUUUUCUGUCUUUGCUGCCAGAAAAAAAAUAAGAAAAAGGGGAGGACAUGUGCUACAGUUAGCAAGUGUUAUCUCCUAAAAUAAAACAUCAUCCCUUUUGGCAGUGAAGAUGCUCUCUGUGAGGAAAGUAGCCUGAAUUCCUGGAAGCAUGGCUUUAAAAGAAUCCCAUUUCCCUGGUGCUGCAUGUGUGUAUUCCCUACCUACCAGAGAUUUCUGAGAAAUCUGGAGUGCAGAUUCUUCCCAAGAGUUAGCACUAAAAACAGGAUGGCUCUGAGUCUGUGAUAACAUCUGGCCAAUAAAAUGAGCUAUAAUAAAGCAGAACAGAUGGCGAUAGAAAAUUGGUCCUUCGCUCCUUGUGAACAGUCUGCAAAACAAGAGUGAGAGAAGAUGGUAGUCCUAGGAUGACUUAAUUUCAUGAGCGGGCUUUGUAAAUUGAACUGAAAUGGGUAUUUGAAAACACUGCUGGAGAGAGAAAAGCGGGAUGAUAAUCCAGAAGGGGAGGGGGAGCAGAACAAAAAGGAGCUGAGCUGCUUUAUCCAGUGUUUUAGGCGUUGGGACGUUGCUAGAAAACUGGUCUCAGCUUCUGAAAGUAGAACCUGUGACUUAGUGGGACUGAGGUUUGCCAGAGGCUGUGGUUUGUGCUUGGCUCUGAGGAGGGCGGAGGCCCCCUCUUCUCUGGUUGAAGGCCUUACGGAUGGUCCCAUCUAAAGGGAGGAGAUGCCACAAUAUGACCAGUGACUGCUGAGGUUGGCCAGCACCCUUAGAUGAACUCAUUCCCCAGUGCUUUCCAUCCUUCCUGCUCUUCCAAGGAUUUUCCAGGGGCAGGAGAUUAGGAUUUGGGGGUUGCAGAUUGUGAUCUGCAGCAUCCAGAGUUUAUCUGCUAGCUGGAGUUCCCUGCAUUGCCUCCAGCUCCCACCGCUUUCUGCGGCUUUGGGGCUGCAUGAGCAGCAGAUAGUCAUCAAAAACCAUGUCCUCCCCCUGCUUUGCAGAGGAGGAUGCCUUGGUCUGUGGAUGAAUCCUUCUGAAAGGAGCAACGAAGCUGUGAGGAUUGGAGGGGGAGAAUAACACCUUAGUCAUAGGGCAAGUUUUGGCUUUAAAGAACUAGAUUUGGCAAGCAAGGGUAGAAAUGGGUCAGCCUAUGCUGGGCUCCUUCUGUCAGCCUCAGCUGCUGAUUUUGCACCACAUUUUAGGAAUAUAUUUGAAGCAUUCAUGGCUGUAAUCUGGCCCUAUCAAAAAGCUCCUACCUCUCAAAUGCAGUAUGUUCCCAAAAAGUCAAAUGUUGCCUGCCUUACGCUUUCCCCUGCCCUUCUGGCCGUUCUUGUUCUGUCGGCGUCUUUGCCCUUGCUGUUUUUCUGAAGAUAAUGACACAGGUGACAUGAAGAGAAGACAGGCAGCAGCUUUCAGCAUAAAACCAUGGGGAAAAAAUAUCUCGUGCAGCAGUGAGUUUUUUGUCCUUUCUCUAGGAGACGGAGGCUGCUCUUGCUUCCCUGGUCAUCGGCUCUCGGACUGCUUGUUCUGACUCUGGCUGCUGCCUGCUGAGGGCCAAAAAGAACCGGGGGUGCCUCGCUCCCUCGGAGGAGCCCUCGCCGGGCUGGACCUCCCCGCUGAAGGGGAGAGGAAGAACACGCUGGGCUUCGUGGCGCAGCCGGCAGCAGUGUUUGCGGCCGUGGCUGUGUGUGCGCAUGCAGGGAAGAGGCGAGGAGGGAGAGCGCAGUCCUGGUGCAGGUCAGGAGAUGAAAGUUGCUGGGAUUUUACUGCAAAUCUUCUGAGAAGCAGUGGAGAUGCAAAGUGUUCCAACUUCGUCUGUGUUCUGAGCACCCAGGUAACUCUGACCUUACCCUGGUAGGUUGCUGCUGGGUGCCUCUUGCUUUGGCACUGGCGUGCACCCCGGGCCUGCGCAGAGCGGGUGGUUCGUGGCCGUAGCACUAGGCCCUCGUGUUUGGAAAUGCCUCUGGGGUUCUGGUGGCGUGCGGUGCCUGGCUGGAGGGCAGGCGGGUGGCUUGGCUCAAGCGUUGGAAGCACAAAACCAGUUUUGCUUGAGAAGCUGAGCUCAAGUGCGGUGUCCCGGCCCUGUGUCCUCCCUUCUCUCUUCCACGGUUCUGAUUUGCACUCACAGGGGGAAGAACAUCUUCUGCCUUAAACAUUUUUCAUUUUUGUUUUUAUUCCAGAAGGCUGUUGGAUUAUUUGGUCUCCUUGGAAAAGGAACUGGGGCUCCUAGGGAAGGUCAUUGUGGUAACCCUAUGCCAGUCAUAGUUGGUCUCAGUGGUUCUUUAAUGAAACUUUGCCUCCCUUACGCGAUGCCAUGCAUCUGACCCGAGUACUGCACUUCGGGACAAGGGUGUGAGCUGCCACCACUGCGGGCUUAAACUAGCGCGUCAUCAUACCCUGGGGGCUUCAGUCACGGCUGCAACCUCGUGGGAGAAUCACGGGGGCUGCGAGAGACGCGUGGGUCUGGGGAGGGGGAGAAGAGGAAAGGGCCUUGGGUGCUGGCACUGUUCGGACAGCGGUGCCCCAGCCCUGCGCCCGUGGGCUGCGCUGGCCUGGACGUGCCCGGCGUGGUCCUGGUGAGAUGGAGGCGAGAGGCACCCACCGGACACACCGUGGCAUGAAAUUCCCGCGAGCUCUUGCAACCAAAUUGUGACCUCCUUGCUCCAGGCGGUAAAUUUGGCAGCCUGUUAACGCAUUUGUGACUCUCUUACUAUCCUGUAGAUCCUCCUGUCAAAUGAACAGUGUUUGGAAGGGGCCUGGGGGGGGAAAUGCGUUCGCCUCUUCUGAAAUUUCCCCCUUGUCCCGCUGCCAUCUUCCUCUCCCCCUCUCCCCGCUGUGUUGGUCUAAAUGAUUAUCCUAUGAAGCCCUGAACUGUAGAUGUCAAAAGUAAUUAUGGAAUGUGAUUAGUCCUCUGUGGGUGCUCUCUUUCUUUCCUCCUCCCUUCUCUUUUGCUAUCCCCUUCUCCACUCUUCUUUUUGGCUAAGUGGAAAAGGUGAGGACAAAGAAUUGCCGCUUGCUUGGACUCAUGAUGUAUCUGUGACUGCGCUAUUAGCUGUCUCCUCUUUCCUUCCCGAAUGGAUAUAAUUUUUGAAGUGUGGAAUACCCUUCUUGAUAAGUAGGUUAAAAAAAAAUGCACAAUGUGAUACUGUUUCAUAGUUUCUAGGUGGUUGUAUAAAGCAAAGUUACUGUGAUUGUGUUUUUAAAAGGAAAAAGUGAUUGGUUACUAAAUCUGUCCUUUUUUCAUUA